CACAAGCAGCUUCGCUUUAACUGGAGUGCCUGGGAGUCGCGUGCCAGGAGCCGCACGGCCGGGGACUGACUGACAGACAGACACGCACCACCACCACAACACACGAGACCCGGGCGGGUCGCCGCGGCCGCCGGGGCUCUUGGCAAACUCGCACGUCGGAGAGGUCCCCCGCGGAGCCGCGCCGCGGACGCGCCAGGCCGGCGGCUUCCAAGCCGGCAGAAGGCGCAGCGAGGCGCUCCCGGCUGCGCGGAGAAGCGCAGCACACGCCAAAGUGAUAGCGACGCCGCGGCGCGUUCAGAGAGCGAACCAAGAUGUUCGUCAAAUCCGAGACCUUGGAGUUGAAAGAGGAAGAGGACGUGCUGGUGCUGCUCGGCUCGGCCUCCCCCGCCUCGGCGGCUCUGACCCCCCUAUCUUCCAGCGCCGACGAGGAGGAAGAGGAGGAGCCGGGCGCGUCCGGCGGGGCGCGUCGGCAGCCAGGGCCAGAGGCCGGGCCCGGGGCGCGGGGCGGCUCGCCGGGAGGAGCCGGGGGCUGCCGGCCCGCGCGGCUGCUGGGUCUGGUGCACGAGUGCAAGCGGCGCCCUGCCAGGGCGCGGGCCGUUUCCCGCGGCGCCAAGACGGCCGAGACUGUGCAGCGCAUCAAGAAGACCCGCAGACUGAAGGCCAACAACCGCGAGCGCAACCGCAUGCACAACCUCAACGCGGCGCUGGACGCGCUGCGGGAGGUGCUGCCCACGUUCCCCGAGGACGCCAAGCUCACCAAGAUCGAGACCCUGCGUUUCGCCCACAACUACAUAUGGGCGCUCACCGAGACGCUGCGCCUGGCGGACCACUGCGGGGGCGGCGGCGGCGGCGGCCUGCCGGGGGCGCUCUUCUCCGAGGCCGUCUUGCUGAGCCCGGGAGGCGCCAGCGCCGCCCUGAGCAGCAGCGGAGAUAGCCCUUCGCCUGCCUCCACGUGGAGCUGUACCAACAGCCCCGCGCCGUCUUCCUCCGCGUCCUCCAACUCCACCUCCCCCUACAGCUGCACUUUAUCUCCUGCCAGCCCGGCGGGUUCAGACAUGGACUAUUGGCAGCCCCCACCUCCCGACAAGCACCGCUACGCACCUCACCUCCCCAUAGUUAGGGACUGUAUCUAG